GCUCUCUGAUCAUGCGCAAGAACGGUACUACCAGGAAGCGGCCGAUCGGCACCGAAGAAAGGAAGACUCGUGCGUCUACAUGCCCUCACGCACCAACCGCUUUGUGGCGCCGGGAGGGGGGCGGUGAGCGAAAACAGAUCGGUCGAACCUCGGGGCGUGGCCGCGGCGGAGGGAGGUGGGGUGCGCGAGGCACUCUCUGCCUGCCGAUCGUUCUACUGCUGCCAUGGCGACGACCACCAGCGAGGACUAUUACUUGGCGCUGUGCGCACGGCCCGUGCAGUUCGAAAAGGCGAGCCCCGUUAACUGCGUUUUCUUCGACGAGGCCAAUAAGCAGGUUUUUGCUGUUCGAUCUGGUGGAGCUACUGGGGUAGUAGUUAAAGGCUUGGAAGACCGCAAUCUCAUCUCAUUUAGAAUGGAAGACAAAGGAGAAGUGAAAUGUAUCAAGUUUUCUUUGGGCAAUAAGAUACUGGCUGUUCAGAGAACAUUGAAGAGUGUGGAUUUCCUGAACUUUAUUCCAGACAGCCCACAAUUAGAAUACACUCAAGAAUGCAAGACUAAGAAUGCCAGUAUUUUAGGAUUCUGUUGGACAGGCUCUGCAGAGAUCGUUUUUGUAACAGAUCAGGGAAUUGAGUUUUACCAAGUAUUACCAGAGAAACGAACGUUAAAGCUUUUGAAGAGUCAGAAUAUUAAUGUCAACUGGUUUAUGUACUGUCCUGAGAGCUCUGUCAUUUUGUUGUCAACGACAGUAGUUGGAAAUGUUCUCCAGCCAUUCUAUUUCAAGGGUGGAGCUAUGUCAAAGCUGUCAAAGUUUGAAAUUGAGUUACCUACAGUACCAAAGUCCUCCAAGCUCAGCCUAUCUGAAAGAGAUAUUGCUUUGACUACAAUAUAUGGCCAACUUUAUGUUCUUUACUUGAGACACCACUCAAGGACUUCAAAUAGUACCGGAGCUGAGGUAGUUCUUUAUCAUUUGCCAAGGGAAGGCUCCUGUAAGAAAUUGCAUAUAUUGAAGUUAUAUAGGACUGGGAAGUUUGCACUGAACGUUGUGGAUAAUUUAGUGGUAGUUCAUCAUCAGGACACUGAGACCUCUAUUAUAUAUGACAUCAAAUUAAAGGGGGAAUUUGAUGGCACGAUUACACUGCACCAGCUUGUACUUCCACCUCGAUCCAUACAACCGUACCAGAUUCCUGUGGCAGGUCCAGCUUCUGUAACUAAUCAGUUUCCAGUUCCCUGUAAACUCUAUUCAUCAUCCUGGAUUGUCUUUCAGCCUGAUAUUAUCAUUAGCGCAAGUGAAGGUUAUCUCUGGAAUCUGCAAAUGAAACUUGAACCUACCGUAAAUCUUUUUCCAGACAAGGGAAAGCUAAUGGACUUCCUUCUGCAACGGAAAGACUGCAAGAUGGUUAUUCUUUCUGUGUGUUCCCAAAUGUUAAAUGAACCAGAGGGAGGCUCGUUGAGUGUAAUUGCCACUGUUUUUGACAAGCUCAAUCACGUAUAUAAGAGAUACUUAGAAGCAGAACAGGCUUAUACUAUGGCAUUAGAAACUGGACAGAGCCGAGGCAAUCCACCACCAAAACGCCCAGUUCGUACACAGGCAGUUAUUGAUCAGUCAGACAUGUAUACUCACGUUCUAUCAAUCUUUACUGAAAAAAAGGAGGCCCCCCACAAGUUCACUAUUGCUGUUGUAAUGGAGUAUAUUCGCUCACUCAAUCAGUUCCAGAUAGCUGUUCAGCAUUUUCUUUAUGAAUUGGUAAUCAAAACCCUUGUUCAGCACAAUUUAUUCUACAUGCUUCAUCAGUUCCUACAGUACCAUGUUCUCAAUGAUUCAAAGCCUUUGGCUUGCUUAUUGUUGUCUCUUGAAAGUAUUUACCCACCAGCACAUCAACUCUCCCUGGAUAUGUUAAAGAGACUUUGUACAGCAAAUGAUGAAAUAGUAGAAGUUUUGUUGUCUAAACAUCAAGUACUAGCUGCCUUGAGAUUUAUCAGAGGAAUUGGUGGACAUGACAGCAUUUCUGCUCGUAAAUUCCUUGAUGCAGCAAAGCAAACAGAAGAUGAGAUGCUCUUCUAUACCAUAUUCAGGUUUUUUGAGCAGAGAAAUCAGCGAAUUCGUGGAAACCCUAGCUUCACUCCAGCCACAGGGAUAAAGAGGAAAGCUUUAAUCUGUGAAUUACAGAGAGUCACAAAGAGAGAAGAAGAAAACUUAAUCCAUCCGUUUCAAAAGGCUUGCAUAGAUUCGAUCCAUGUGAAUAAUAUUUAAAAAGUAAGGUAACCGCUGUCCAAAAUCAUUCCAAAUUCAAUUUCGCCACUUGAUUCUUCUAUUCUUUGAUUUAAAUUGGUUAUUAAGUUUUUGUAGGCAAAUUCUUUUUUAAAGCAAUAAAAAUUCCUCACCAGCUGGAAACACUUUCCGUAUCCUUCCGUUGGGCCGCCCCGAUUUUGUCAGCCUUGUGGCUGAAAUUUUUGUCACCGGCUUGAAGAUCUUCUCUUGCUUCUUUCGAGGAUUUUGUGAUAUCCCCGAGAUCAGCAAGACAU